GUAACAAGGAACCGUACAGUAGCGCGAGCAAGAGGGAAGCAUGGAGCGGUAGCGUGCGCCAGUCGGAGGGACGACAACGGCGCGCAUCGAUUGGCGCGCUAGCCGUGACCCCCACCACGCUGCUUUCGCUUUCACCCAAUGGGGCCUCACUUUCGCGCUCGGCCGCGCGCCGAGCCACGGCAACCGGCACGCUGUCGUCGUCGCCGGCGCUCAGUGAGUGGUGCACCCUACGUGCGAGCAAGUGUUUUGUCGUCGUGAACUCUCUCUCAGUGUGGUCACCGAGAGGAAAAAAAAAGGAAAAGAGAAGUACGCGGAGCCUCGGUGUGUUGUUUGUUGCUUUGAUUCCCCUCCCCGUGUGCGAUUCGUCAAUUUCGACACACGUCAUCAAUCAUCAAUCAUCGGUCAUCGAUCGUCAUCGUCAUUGUCCCAUCCCGAGGAGAGGACACGACGCUGACCCCGUUGUCCUAUCUCUAGUUCGAACGGCCCGGGCAAAGGACGUUCCCCCGAAGAUCGCGAGGAAACUUUGCGUUCAACGGUGUGCGCGCGCUUAGCGCCCGGUGACCCUGACAUUCGAAACGAGCGCCAGCCACCACGCGACGUCGUCGUCGACGCCGAGAGAAACGAUCUUCUCGCAUCAAGUGACCGAGAUACAUCAUCCUCGUUCGCUACCGACGAUUUUUUUCGCGAUACGAACUGUGCGAAUACCUAGUCCGGUGAGACGCUGCCUUGUUGGAACCGCCGGUGACCUUGACUUUGGUGCACGCCCGACGUCAUCGGUUCGCGUUGAAGAAAUCUGAACCCUGCCGGUCGGUUCCGUGUGUGGAUCAUUUGGGGCUAGUGUCUCGUGCGCGUCAGUGUCUUUUCUCCUGGAAGCGUGUCUUCGCCGAGGGACGGUCGCAAACGUUUCGUUUACAUUCAACCCGCGACUCGGAACGUUUCGGCUGCUCUGACAUCGGUCAAUGAAUGGGUGUGCUUGAAAGGGGACCAGCGAGACGCGGGAAUUGCGUGAAGAUGAAGGAGUAAAGGAUUUCGCGCGAGUCUGUUUAUCAAACUAACCUAUACCUUAUCAACGAUCAUCAUCAUCAUCGUCAUCUUGAUUCAGCUGCGUUGCCUAGUGAACCCAGGUGAAUAUUCUUAACGAACCGUUUGAAAGAAGCCAGAACCCUGGAUCUUAGAAUUCAGUACCGGUGUGAGAUAAAGCGAGAGGGGCUAAACGAGUCGAGCAAGGACAAGAAGGUAAUGGCACCACGUCGUCACGCGAACGGCCACGGUGGUGCAUUGCUGGAGAACGGCGGACCUGGAGGCGGACUAAACGACACCAUGGACAACAACAACCUGCUGGCACAAUCGCAGGCGACGACCCGCUGUUGCACGCCCACCGGCGAGUGUCUCCGCGGGGACGCGCUGAUCCGCUUGAACGCUCUGCACGACGCUGUCAAGGUGUCUUGCAACAACGAGAGCUGCCCUGUGGGUCAGUUCAUGCACCGCGAGUGCUUCGACGCCUGGGAGCAAACGGUGCUCACCUAUCUGAAAAGCUGCGGCCGCGCGAGGAGCUGGUCCGAGCGACAACGUCAUCAGAACCUCUGGACGAAGAAGGGCUACGAUCUCGCGUUCAAAGCAUGCGGCUGCCGCUGCGGCCGCGGCCACCUCAAGAAAGACCUGGACUGGAUGCCGCCCGGGACUGCCGGGAACGCCUCCGGCAACCGAUCCGACGAGAACGAGGCAAAGAAAAAGAAGCGGCGCAAUCGUCAAAACAGCAGACCUACACUGGCCGUCUCGACCGGGCCGCCCAGCCACGGCAAUCACGUUUCCACGAACGGACGCGGCACCACCGAGCUACAGUUGAUAGAGAACGGCCGAGGAAGGGCUGGAUCACUGUCGUCCAGCACCGGGUCAAGCUCGCCACCGGCCACCAGCGAGCCCAGCGUCAGCCCACUUCACCAACCCCAGGCCAUCAUGAAGAAGAAAAGCAAGGUCGAUUUCUUCAGCGAUCGGGCACGGCAAAGCUGCGGGGCAAACGGCAUCUUCUCCCGCCGUCUGGACUUCAGCGCAUUUAACAGCCUCCCCCGUACUAAGCUGAACUCCUAUCAUAUCAAGAUGGAAGACGAGGGCAACCACGGGAACGAUGACACCAGAUGCUUCAUCCUGUCGACGCUGGCCGCGCUGCAAUGGUCCAGAGUGUCCUGCGUGCUGUGCCGCGCUCCGAUGCUCGUUUUCGACAGGUAUCCGUUGGUCGACGGCACGUUCUUUCUGUCGCCGAGACAACACUCGCCUGCCUGUGCUGAGGUGAAGGUCGAAGGUCGCACGCAAUUCCUGUCAGCGGUAUGCAUGAGUUGCCUCGAAGGCAGCGGUGGGCAGCCUGUGCGUUGUCGUUGCUGUACUCAGCCGUGGGACGGCUCUAGCUUAGUCCUUGGAACGAUGUACAGCUACGAUAUCUUCGCUGCCAUGCCCUGUUGCACCGAGCGGCUCAAGUGCAACAGCUGCCAGAAGCCACUGAUCUAUCCUCAUCAGCGGCUGAACUUCUAUUCGGACUACAGCCGCGUCUUUGCCUGUCCCCAUUGCAGAGCCGUCGACGCCCACUUCGUGAAGCCGCUCUCGGUCUGCUUCACCCGCGAGCAGUUCCAGCUUUACAGCCAGUGGCCGUAACCAUUAGGGAACUUAGCUAACCGGCGACCAAGCGCCGCGACCGACCCAUGUCCCCUCUUCUUCGACCCGCUGAUCUCCCUGCUCCGGGCGACCUUGCUCUAGAUACCCCGUAAAUCACACAAGUUCGUCGGACCGUUUGUUUUUCUGUUUAUCAAUUUAUUCUCUCUUCGGGCUCCAUCCUGAGAAACGAACAUCAUCACCGAGGAAACAUCAUCUGGAAGAAUAUGCGAGUCCUGGAUCUCGACGCUUCUGCUUUCCGAUUCUUGCACCGAUGAUCGCGUGCACCGCUACUGUUUAUGCAAAUUUACAUCUUCAUUGUGAAGUAUCUUCCAACCCCUCGUCUUACGAUUACCGAAUUGUUUAUUCCGAAUGGUUCGUUGGGUGAAACAGGCAUUUUGUAUUAAAACUGCAUUUGUUCCAGUGAUCGAAGGAUAUUGACGACAACAAUAUGUUUGUGAUACCACUCGCGAUAGCAUCAUCCAAGGGGUUGAUCGGUAAAUGCAUAAAAUUCAUUGUAGAAUAAACUCAUUCGAAUAUUCAUAAAAUUAGCUUACAUUUGCAUAAACGUCGCGGUCUAUUCAAUCAAGAACCAGCGUUACAGAAUGACAAUCACUUCCUCUACAAAAUGAAAUCAUUUUCUUUUUUCAUACAGCAUAAUCUUUCGAGUACAUCCGAGACAACGAAAUCUUUCAGUUUCUUUUUCAUUGAGAAGGAAACGAAUUAUUUCCGUUGUCCCUCGAAUUAAGCAUACAGCGGAAACGUCGAUCCUAGGAGCUCCGGUAGCAGCGAUAAGGUUUAAGAAAUUCUCAUUUUCGACGUCGAAUAAGUAGGGUUUAUCUGCGUUAAUCUGGAAACGAAACGCGGGGAUGGAUGAAUCGCGGAACCGGAUCGACGCGAGCAUCGAGGACGCAGCACCGACCGUUUGGAUAUUAUCGUCAGUAUUAUCGGGUAAGGAUAACAAGAUCCCAGGACCGUGUCUGUGAGAAGCGUGAGGCUUUCCUCUUUUAAGUUAGUCAAAAUUGAUUUAGGCGUGUCGUUUCCGUGUGUCGCGUGGAAUAUUCGUUUGUUCGUGUCGCGUCGUAGAAGCGCGAGGAUAUCGGCCGCGUUCGUAGGAGAUAAUAGGUUUAGGCGUUUUGUAAAUUAACCGUCGGGAAAUUUAGUCGGUAGAACGAAGGAGGAGCGUGUAAUCUUUCUGGUAGCUUAAGAACGAUUCGGUGACGUGUUUUAGGUUUAAAUUUGCGAAAGAAAACGGGAGAGCGAAGAGCUCGGUCGCGGCGUCCUCGUGCCGCGUCGGAUCGACGGAACUCACCCGUCGUCGUCGCGCGUCGAACGACGGGAACGUGUGUAAUCGCUCGCGGAGAUCGUCCCCCAGCGUUACGUUUCCCUUUUGUAGUCGAAUUACGUUGACGGUCGCGUGAGUAUCGCGAAAGGCGAACACGACGGAAGAGACACGAAGCGAACGGUUGUUCGAGACGCGCGGAAUUAAGGGCGAGAUAACGGAUCGAGGCCGUUCAGGAUCGAUCCAGCGAG